CAACAGCAACCGACGUGCCAUCGCGUGUUAAAACACGACCAACAGCACUUGCAGUGAAUAAAGCCUAGCUACUCGUGUCGCUUUUUUUUGCGUUUUACCCAACAACGUAGCGCGGCUCUUCAUUUAUAUCUUGGGGGUUUCUUCAUGUGAUUAUCACAUUUCCUAUAGACAUCAAGCAAGUAUGGACAACGCGUCAAGCUUUGCCUCACCGACAGCGCCGAGCAUGGACCCGACAGAUGACGGGCCGCUAACGGCCGGGCCUGAUGUCGGUAUGACCAUCAACGCCAUUCUGAAACUCAUCUUCUAUGUCACCGUCAUGAUUCUCGGCAUAUCAGGCAACAGCUUGAUUUUGAAAGUCUACUGGUCCAAGCCCCAGAAAACCAGUACCCACGUGUUGAUCAUGGGUCUGGCUUGGAUUGAUCUCAUGGUGUGUGUCUGUCGCAUCUACAGUUUGAGUUUCUUCAUCUAUGUCCUCCUUGGGCGGGAACUCCCGAGCGUGUUCACCGCAAUCAGGAUCUUUGACGUCGUCAAUGUCUUUGCGUCCAUUGUUGUGACAGGUGCCAUCGCUCUAGAGCGAUACGACUGCGUCUGUCGAUCAGGCAAAAGGCUUCUGAAUCACCGCUGGGCCAAGCUCAUGUACCUCGGUUCGUACCUCGCUGCCACUGCUGUGUGUAUUCCGAUUACUAUCGACUUGCUAUCCCCCUCAGUGACGGCCAAAAAAGUCUCCCGGACGUUCCAGUUGCUUCUCUAUCUUACCGUUGUGUUCACUGCCGUGAUUUGCUACGGGAAAGUCUACCAAGCCAUACGGAAACACGUCAAAGUCAAUGUACUUAGCCGACAUGGACCAGGGACUAGUUGGUCCACGGCUGUCACGGUUAAGGCCGAGAGCAGACGACACGAUGCCUCCGUCGUCACGGGGGUUAGCAUCUCGCAAGCUCUGCCCUCCUCGAGCAAAGAACCGCUGACAGCUGACCGGUCGGGACCCAGGUCCGUCUUUGUCGUCUCAGCCACUGAAUUAGCCGGACCCUCGACAAAUCCCCCAGAUGCCCGGGGACAUCUCGCCGAUGCACUCCCGUCAACGGGGAACCUUGCACCGGCAUCGCAGAACCACGAGGGUGACCGCGAACCGAGGUCCCCGAAUCCCCAGGCCAGAGACAACCCGACCAGUGCGACGAUGAAACUCCAGCAGAAGACCACACGCAUGCUCUUUGUCACAAGUGUCGUGUUCCUUGUCACCUGGCUACCCUACUGGCUUUUUGUCGCCGUCUCUCUUCACAAGCUCAACGGCGGUGACGUUCACCCCAACGUGCUGUCGGUCAUGUACAACUGUACGUUGUUUGUGUACAUCAACAAUGUCGUCAAUCCUUUCAUCUACGGACUCGCCAAUAGGCGCUUUAGAAAAGACUGUCUUGAUGUGCUCAGAAAGAUGAAGCCGUGUUGAACUAUUCUAUAUGUUUAUCCCCAAAACGUUCGGGA